CGGGCCUUGAGGCGGUUUGUUGUUCCCGCCGCCGCCGUUGUCAGUGUCGGGGAAGGCUUAGGCCGGAUUUCCUCCGUCGCUGGAGCGCGGAGAGGGCCGCCGGAGGGAGAGCUGCGUCUCCUGGCAGACGGGAACGGAAAAAUUUCCUAUAUGGAUAAGCCUGAAAGUGAUGUUGAAGCUGGAAAUAAACUACUGUGACCAAAGUGACAAUGCGUCGGUUGUCAGACGAUCCAGAAAAUGCCCACGGCAGCAGUCUGGGCUCCUGUCCUUCUUUACGGGAUGUUCAUUCCAUCAACCCUGCACAGCUGAUGGCAAGAAUUGAGUCCUAUGAAAACAGAGAGAAAAAAGGCAUAUCUGAUGUCCGAAGGACUUUCUGUUUGUUUGUCACCUUUGACCUUUUAUUUGUAACCUUGCUGUGGAUAAUAGAGUUAAAUGUAAAUGGAGGCAUUGAGAAAACCUUAGAAAAAGAAGUCCUCCAUUAUGAUUACCAUUCUUCAUAUUUUGAUAUUUUUCUCCUGGCAGUGUUUCGAUUUAAAUUUUUGAUACUGGCGUAUGCAUUAUGCAGACUGCAACACUGGUGGGCCAUAGCAUUUACAACAGCAGUGACCAGUGCCUUCUUACUAGCAAAAGUUGUUCUCUCAAAGCUGUUCUCUCAGGGUGCCUUUGGCUAUGUGUUGCCCAUCAUCUCCUUCAUUCUUGCCUGGAUAGAAACCUGGUUCUUAGAUUUCAAAGUAUUGCCUCAAGAAGCAGAAGAAGAAAACAGACUUCUGAUGGUGCAAGAUGCCUCUGAACGAGCUGCCCUUAUUCAGCCGGGCCUCCCCUCUGAUGGGCAGUUUUAUUCACCACCUGAAUCUGCAGCAGGAUCGGAUGAAGAAUCUGACGAAAAACAGGACAGUGAGAAACCUGUUGUAUAGCAAAUAUGUGAACAAAGCUAAAACCUGAAUCCAGAUUUGCUCAGGACUUGUCACGCUUUGACUAUAAUGACGGCGCCUACAGUUGACGCCAUUGGAAUUCAGAGCUGAAGCAUUUAUUUAUUGAUUGAUUGGUCAAGAGGAAACCUGUCCCCAUGUUCUGUAUGAUACCUCAGCAAACCCGUCCCAUGUCUGCAUAUGUCUCUUGGACUGAAUUUUGCUUAAUCUGAAACGUGCUCGUCCAUUAUAUAUUCUAUCAUGCUUGAACUGAUUUUUUUUGAAUGGUCAGAAGGCUACUGGAGAGCCAACGUUUAUUUAUCUGAUCUGAAGGCCUGAUACUAUAUGAAGAAAUGCUUUACGAUGGAAGCUUGUCCAACAAUUUACAUUCACUAGAUGAUGGUUAAGAUGACUGUUAAUGUCCUAUUAAUUUUACAUUUUUAACAAGGCAACUUUUUAAAGUGGAAUUAUGUACUCUUUGUAAACUAAACACAUUAAUAAAAAUGUGACAUCAUAGAUUAGUGUGUGUAAAUUCUGAACAGGCAAGAAAAAGGACUUUUUCCUCUUAUAAAGAACUGUCACCUAAUCUGUAAGCUUCUUGUACUGUGCUCCUGCUGAGAAACUGAAACUCUUUUACUCCUGCCAGAUUCCACAGCAUAAAUGGAUUACUCUUGUGUGUAUAUCAGUAUAUAUAAAUCUUGCACUACUUCUAAUCAAUACAAAGUUAAUUAUAGUAAUUGCAAAACUCACAGUAUUCUGUAUAUAUUUCUGCCUGUAAUGUACCCAGAUGUUGUUGCUCUUAAACUCACUUGAUUAUUUUUAAGUUGUGUGUGUGUGUGUGUGUGUGUGUGUGUGUGUGUGUGUGUGUGAGGGCUAUAUGAAGCAUGUAAAGUCCUACCAGCAUUGAUUUGGGUUUGAUUCUAUAAUGAGCUUGCCUAAAAAUUUCUGGUAUGUGUUUUUAACAAACUGUUAUGAAGGCUUUUUUGUAAUAUCACUCUGGAUGAAUUUGGUUUUUAUGUUCUUGCUUCUCUAAACAUUCAGCUAUCUUACAGAAAGUACUGCGUUUCAACUUACUUGUUGGCGGGGAGGGGCUGUGGCUUAAAGGGAGAGUACAUGUUUCAAAGUUUCACAUGCAGCAUGUUGCAGGUUAGAUUCCUGGCAUCUCAAAUCUCAGGUCAGCAGGGCUGGCUUACAUAGGACCAGUAGCAGGAAAUAAGAAGAAUAUUAGAACAGGGGUCUUAAGAAUGCGUAGUUCAAGCCACUAUAACUGGUCUUUUUAGUGCAACUCCUACCAUCUUGAUACAGUUUUCUCAAAAGCAAAGAACAUGAGAGCAAGUUAUGUUUGAGCUAAAAGCAAAUCUUGUGUAUUUUAAUAGGGUGGAUUCUAGUUUUUUAUGCACUGCAAACAUCUAAUAUGGUACAGAAGGUGUCCAUAGUUGUCCAUGGAGAGAACAUACCCCACCCAGACUACUAUGAGGUGGAAGGCCAGAAAUUAACAGUUUUGGUGAAAGAUAUGGACUGGUCUUUUGCCUGUCAUAAUAGGACUUGCAAUGAAAGCCCAUUGUGUGAAAAAAUACAAUGGGCUCUAGAAAAGUGUUGGUCAUUUUUUAAAUUUUUCAUGAAACAGCAAUCAGUAGAGCUUACUCUGAGGAAACUGUCUUCAGGAUUGCAGUCAGGCUUCUUUAGGGAGGGGAGAAUAAGCUCCACACAAUCCAGUGGGGACCCCUCCCAGGCAAGUGCGGACAGGUGUCCAGAGCCACCAGGGCUUCCAUCUUCUCAGCGACCCUCAGGUGAGGUGCAGGGAGGAGUGCUGUGCCUGCGUGAAGAUUAAUGUGUAUUCUGCUCGUUCCCUCGGCGCUCUCCCACUCUAGCCUGGGAGCUGCCGUGAAGGGGCCCGGUGAAUCAACAGCCUGAGCGCUCCUGCCAGCGGCAAGUGGGCACUUUGCAGCGGCCUGGAGGCCAGAGAGGAAGGGCGCUGAGGGGAGGCAUGUUUAGGCAGUUGAUUCGUUGGGCCCCCUUCCAGCAAUGCGCCUGUGCGAAGAUUAAUUUGUAUUCUGCUCUUCUUCCCCUCAGCGCCAUCCUGCUCUGGUCUGGGGGCUGCUGCGAAGCUCCUGCUUGCCACUGCAAGGGGGCCCGGUGAAUCAACAGCCCAAGCACUCCUGCCAGCACAAGCAGGUGCUUUGUAGCGGCCUCGAGGCCAGAGUGCACCUGCGUGAGGAUAAAAAGUGAGACGUUUUCAAUACAGCUUGCCUUUUAUGUAGUGGGAUGAAAUCUUGGGAAAUAUUAAACAUCUUUGGAUAACUGUCUACAGUUGAUACAAUACACAUUAGCCGUAUGAGUAUACUGGGCACCUGUCACUUUGGUGAGAUUAGGCUUAAUAGCAAAGCAGUGCAGUAAGGAAGGAGGAACCCUAUUUUGCAUGAUAUGGGCCUGCCCAGUGAUAGCCCUAAUGAGACAUGACAUGAAAAAGUAAGUCUGUUUUAGGCAUGUCUUUAGAUCGGUCAGCAGCACAUUUAUUGCUGGGUGUCUUUUCAUCUGAUGGUACACUUAGAAAAGAGUCCAUUUUGGAUUCUGCAGGCAACAGUGAUCGCCAAAAGAUUAGUCUUACAGGGUUGGAAAUCCAGUUUUGUGCCAUAUAUAGAUCUUUGGCAAGAAGGGAUGUUGGAGUUAACUAUAAAAGAACAUACAGUAUUUUCCAGCAGAGAGAUGUAUAAGAAACAUAAGCACCUUCAGCUGGACUUUUUGCAGGCACAUAGCUUCGGUGAGUUAAUGUAUUUUUGUUGUGUCUGUCCCCACUUUUUAAAUUGUUGAUUGAGAUACUAUGUUUCGUUUUAAUAAAUAUUUUUUAAAAUAAACUAAA